AAGAAGAAGACGAAGAAGACGAAGAAGAAGCGGCUCACGCUGUUCCUGCUGGUGGUAACUGGUCGGUUGUAACUACAUCAUGGCUGCUUCUAAGCCAGUCGAGCCGCAGGCCGGUACCGGACUCCCCCGCUGGCAGCUGGCCCUGUUGGUCGGGACCCCCAUCGUGCUGGGAGUCGGAGCGGUGUACCUCUGGAACCGCAGCCGGUCGAAGGACGGCAACAAGCGGACCGGAGAGCGGAAGACACCCGAAGGCAGCGCGAGUCCUGUGGUGCAGGGCCAAGAAGACGGAGCAGCUCGAGAGCCGAAUAUGAGCCCGUUGGAUCGAGCCCAAGCAGCCAAGAACAAGGGCAACAAGUACUUCAAGGCCGGCAAGUACGAGAACGCCAUCCAGUGCUACACAGAGGCCAUCGCUCUCUGCCCCACAGAGAAGAAGACCGACCUGUCGACGUUUUACCAGAACAGAGCAGCAGCCUACGAACAACAGAUGAAAUGGACAGAAGUGGUUCAGGACUGCUGUCGGGCCGUGGAGAUGAAUCCACGCUAUGUGAAGGCUCUGUUCAGAAGAGCCAAAGCUCUGGAGAAACUAGACAACAAGAAGGAAUGUCUAGAAGACGUCACAGCGGUGUGUAUCCUCGAGGCCUUCCAGAACCAGCAGAGCAUGUUGCUAGCAGACAAGGUGCUGAAACAUCUGGGAAAAGAGAAGGCCAAAGACAAAUACAAGGUACUUUAUCCACUUUGUGCCUCAUCGCUGCGUGGUUCGGCUCCACUCGGCCCACUUUCGGUACCAGGUCCUUGUGUAGGAGAGAGUUUCAGCUGAUAGCUGAAGCACCGCCGACAACUUCGAGGCCGACUGUAGGGCGUAGUUUUGAGGGCGGCCAUUUUAGUCUUUGGCGAGUGAAUUAAAAAUGCACAAAGGAGAAGUUUGCCUUCAGGACUUUUCGCAUCUCCUCAGUUAAAUUUUUGAAAAUCCCAGACUGUUUAUAAGAAGUGGUCGUAGCCGUUGUGAUGUCUCUCGUUGGUUUGUGGAU